AUUAGAGCCACAGCGAGGCUGGCGGGAGACUCGCCCCGACGUCCUGACGGGCGUGAACCUCCUCCAGCGCAGGCAGUGUUCUUUAAAAACACCCGCCGGCUGAAGGAGAGGCGGUGGAAGGCGAUUACUCACUUCGGGAGAGAGCCUGCCUGCUUCCUUUCGGCUGCGGGGGGCGGGCGCAGCGGUGGACGCCGGUGUUGAGCUUCUGAGCGCGGUUAGCUGGGAGCCAGCAGCCGCGGAGGGGCGGGAUGGCGCGGGACUACGAUUACCUCUUCAAGCUGCUCAUCAUCGGCGACAGCGGUGUAGGGAAAAGCAGUCUACUCCUGAGGUUUGCAGACAACACAUUUUCAGGUAGCUAUAUCACCACCAUCGGUGUGGACUUCAAGAUCAGGACAGUGGAGAUAAACGGAGAGAAGGUGAAGCUUCAGAUUUGGGACACGGCGGGACAGGAAAGAUUCCGUACCAUCACUUCAACGUACUACAGAGGCACACACGGGGUGAUAGUGGUUUAUGACGUCACGAGUGCAGAGUCAUUUGUAAAUGUCAAGCGGUGGCUUCAUGAAAUCAACCAGAACUGUGACGACGUUUGUCGAAUAUUAGUGGGCAAUAAGAAUGACGACCCCGGCUCGAAGGUCGUGGAGACCAACGACGCGCAGAAGUUUGCUGAGCAGAUGGACAUCAGGCUGUUCGAAACUAGUGCCAAGGAAAACAUUAAUGUGGAGGAUAUGUUCAACUGCAUAACGGAGCUGGUCCUAAAGGCGAGGAAAGAGUCUGUGGCCAAGCAGCAGCAGCAACAACAGAGUGAAGUGGUGAAACUCAGCAAGAACAGCAAACGCAAGAAGAAAUGCUGCUAACAGACUGAAUGCACACACACACACACACACACACACACACUUUUACACUCUCCGGGAGCCAACUGAACUGACAAGAGCCAGAAAACAUGAAAACACAGCCUCCCAGGAGGGACAAGCCAAAUACAAGUUAUAGAUAAAAGAUGUAUCUAUAUAUAAAUUUACUGAUGAAAUUCACGACCAGUCAUUUUGGACUUGGGAAAUCUUAAAGGACUUGUACAGAUUUUAGUAGGAAUGGGUUCAAGUGGCACCCAUGCCCCUUUCUUAAGGGGUGAAGAAAAGACCACUGCCAUACAGAACUUUUAAAGAAAUUGCUUGAAUUAUCUGUUUUGCUUGCUAUAACUAUUUUUUAACUCCAUCGGCGUGUCUGGACUACACACGUGAAGCCAAAUCUUCUCAUGUGUUAUUUUUAUUUUCUGUCAUAUGCUUAAUUCUAAAAUCUGUGAUGUCACAACUUGGUGCCAACUAACAGAAAUGAGAACGUACAGUAAAGGAACAUUUUUGCAUUAAUUAAAACAAUUAAAGGUUAAAGGACUUACUGUGGCUAACCGAUUCUCUUCCCCUGCCCAGUUUGUUUAAUGGGACUUAUGCACUCUCAGAAAUAUGAAUGGCCAAGGGAUGUGGAUCACACCAACUGAGGGUUUACACUCUAGAAGGAGACUUUAUUGAAGGAGCUAUGAUCACCUUCAUGCACCGAGGAAGCCAUAGUCACUGCUCGUACUCUGAACCGAGAUCGACUGUGGGAGCCACACAGAUUUGGAACAACAGAGUUUGCUCUUUUUUCUGAGGUCAUUGGCCAAGAGAGAUACUGUCAAUGCUUGCCCUCUUCACCAAGGCCAACUGUAGGAACUGUGAUCACUGCACAUGCUCUACAAAAAGAGUGAUCAAUGGAGCCGUCGCCCCUCGCACUAUGCACUGAGUCUGACCUAGGGAGCCACAAUCACCACUUGAACUGUGGCCCAAGAUCAACUGGUUCAUCUAACUUGACCGUGGGAGACAUAAUCACCCAAUGCUAUCACUCUCUCAUGCUCUCAAACCAUUGCAGCUGUCACAGCUCUUUUGGUCAACCUUGGUUGAUAAAGUAUGAGCAGGUGAUGGUGACUCCCUUGUACAGCAAAGGCACCAAGGGUGCUAUGAUCAACAUAUGUGGUUUGCACAUAUGAGUUUGACUGUGGUUGCUGUGGUUGACCCAAAGAAGCUCACUCUUCACAAAGGCUAAACAAGGGAGUUGCCAUCACCUGCAUGAGUUGUGAACCAUAGCCACCCCCCCCCCCCCCCACCUCCUGCAAGGAAGUGCCCUGCACAGAGGCUAACCAAGGGAGUAUCCAUCACCUCCUUGCUCUCUGCAAGGAGGCUGACCAUGGGAGCUAUGAUCACCACUUGCGUUCUUCAAUGAGGCGGAUCAAAGGAGCUGUAGUCAUUCCUACAGUCACCUGAGGCUAACUAAGGGAGCUGCCAUCAUAUGCUUGCUCUCAUCAAGGAUGCUCACCUAAAGAGCUGCAAUCAUCGCUCAUACUCUACACAGAGGCUUACCAAGAGAGCCACGAUCACAGCUUUCUCUCUCUUUCUCUCUCCACUGAGGCUAAGUUUGGGAACUGAGAUCUACACUUGUGCUCUCCACUGAGGGUAAACCAGCUUGUGCCCUGCAAGAAGGCUGACAGAAAAAGCUGCAAUCACAGCUCCUUCUCUGCUAAGAGGAAGAUCCAAGAGAGCAUUGAUCACCACUUCCUGUCUCUACUGAGGCAGACUAUGGUAGCUAAGAUCCCCACUCGUUAUCUCCAUAGAGGCCAACCAAGGGAAGCUGCGACCAGUUGCUCAUGCUCUGCAUGGAGGCUGACCAAGAGAGACCAUGAUCAUCCACUCUUACUCUGCAUAAAGGCUGACCAAGGAAGCUUCGAACACUGCUUGCCCUCUCCAUGAAGGCAGACAAGGGAGCUGCAGAUCACUGUUCUUGCUAAAGGAGCCAACUGAAGGAGCUGAAAUUGCCAAGUUCUCCACCAAGUCAGGCCAAGUGAGCCCCAACUGCACAUGUUCGACACAAAUUGGGCAGGCGGAACAAAUCAGGUGUCAACGUUGACGUCAGGAAUUCCCUCUAGAAACAUCAAACUUUUUCUCUUGAGCAUCUGGUAACAUUCUCUUCUAACGGACAGCUGAAUGACGUCACAGACAGAAGGCUUGGUCACUGAUGGGACUGAGUGCUUGCUCUGUUGCCAACCUCUCAGAAACAAGUAUUUUGCCCUUGUUCAGUUGUUCUUUUAUUUGUUUGUUCUUCUGUUUAUUUUUGUAAAUUUGUAUUUUUUACUAACAAAACUAUACCACUGUAAACAAUGCAACACCACAAUGAGUAGCUUUUUUAGAAUCUGGUGCCACAGAUUGGACCUUUCAGCUCUUGCAGUGCUGGAUGAAUUUGCUGGACCUCAGUAACGCAGUGCCGUGACUGAGCUUGUGUUUGGGAAAAGGAAGCAGAUAUAAAGGUCUCAGUGCUAGGGUGGCUGUGUAUCUGUGCCAAUAUUGGACUAAUACUGGUUUUAUUGGAUGGAAAAAAGUGUCAGACAUCCAAGAAUGUGACCUUUUUUGACCUGUGUGUCUCACACUUAUAACAAAUCAUCUCAGUAAUACACACGCACACCCACAUACACACACACAGACACAGAUGGACAGAGUACAGGCAGUAAGAGUGAAGCAAAUGAUCAUAUAAGACGCAUGUUGAAAUGCAGUUCUGAGUAAAAGUCAGACACCGCUCUUCAUUUAUUUCAUUUCCAGUCAAAGCAAAUGUUACAUAAGUUGCAAGUUAUGUAAACCAGAAAAUAUUGUCCUAAAAUUAGAAUGGCAUUUAAUUGAAUAUUUUACUUAUGAUUAAUGAACAAUUAAUUAAUACAAUUAGAAUUACAUUACACAACCACUAAUAUGUUUUUAAGGGGAACAAACAAGAACACACUUUGUGAAAAAGUACUGAGAGAAUAAAAAAAUAUUAACAAUAGUAAUCAAUAUGAGGAAGAUUGUAUGUUCUGAAUUUGAUUGGAUUGAAUUUUAAUCACUCUUAACAAUUUAAGCUUUAUUAUAGCUUCUAUUCUCCUCAAGAUCUGCAUGAGAUUUUGAUAUUUUUGACAUCUCCAAAAUUCAGUUCUAAAAGUUUGUACAUUUUUUGAUUUUUGCUUUUUACCACCAGAAUCCUCCCAAACACGUUAAAUGAUGUUGAGGUCUGGAUUUUGGGGUUGUCAGUCUAUUGAUUUAUGUAUAGCAGCAGCAGCAGCAUGUUUUUUGCAUUUACUCUUUUUUCCCAGUACGAUCUUCUUGUUCUUGUAUCCACAUCCUUUCAGUUUUUGGAGUGUAAUUUGAAUUUAUUUUCAAGGAUUUAAGGAGAUAUUAUUGUCAUUCACAUCACAUGUGUACAUGAGGUUGAACGAAAUUCUAAUCUCACGGUUUAGAUCCACCAAAAAGAGCAAUUAUUAUCUAAUAUAAGUUAAAUAUUCUCUCUGAAAAGGGAUGUUUAUCUGAUCAGGGCAGAUUUGGUGCUUUGGUACCGGAUCUUGCGUUACUGUUAUGGCUCCCUUAGUUUAUUAAAUUACAGUUCAACUAACCUCCCAUAUUUUUUAUGCAGUUGGAUUAUUAUGUUGUGUCUAACCUUCUCAGAAACAUCUGCUAAAAAUGUUAAAAAUGAACUUAAUGGCUGGAAAUGAAAUAAAUGUAGGAGGUGUGUUUCAGUUGCGUACUAAUUACUAAUAAUUACUCGUUUUUCCUUUUUUUUAAUAUUUUAUAUAGUUGAGUAUACUCAAAUAUCCUUGAUACAUUUUCCGAACUGGUCUGUUAAUAAUAGUGCAAGUGCCGUGACGUGACAAAUAUCAGCAUAGCAACAUUGCAUCACUUCCUGUUGGUACAUACUGGGUUAGUACAUUAAUAUGCAUGUACUAAGCUGCCAAAUCCACACUAUUAAGCCUAGUAUAUAAUGUAUCUUAUAAUGUACUUAAUUAGUGUGUUGUAUGCAAUUGGGACACAGCCAGGGUCUCUGACUUUUGCACUCUACACACAUGCAGGCUGUACACAUUCCAAUACACACUCCUUCAGCAGUCAAAUCUAGUGGGCAGCUACUCAUUUGCACAUUACAUCUGAGUGACUUAACCAUGCUUAAAAGACAAAGGAAGCACAGAUCUUUCAGUAGCUGGACCGAUUUUGUGUUCAUUAGUCGGUGGCACAGGACAGGUCCAUUAAACGAUCACAAACAAACAGCUUUUAAACCCAGGACAUGAACACAAGCCUAGAACUAACCUGCCUGUGUGCAUAUCAGUAUCCCAGUCUAUGUGAUGCACUUACAUAUAAGAAUGAACACAUAUACAAACACGCAUGUCUGUAUGUAGACACUGAUAUAUGUGUGUGUGUUUAUAUAUGUGUAAAUGUGUUGAUCUGGUGUACACUGGAAAAAGAAUGCAAGUUAAAAUAAUACCACUCAUUGUUUGCCCCAUCAUAAAUCUAAUCGAUGAAAAUAAAACUUAUCUUAUUUUGACAAAA